AUGUCACGACGAAAAGGUAAAAAACAAGUGGAGACCUUGGCUUGGAUCACCGAUGAUGAAGCUGAAUUUUGGACGAGUAUCACACCAAAUCGUAAAAUUGCCGAACAUGAGAAAAUGAAAAAAUAUGCUUCAGACAAUGACCUACCUGACGGUGAUCAUUUUCGUUUCGAUCGUUCGUUAAAAGCAAAAAAACAACAAGAGAAUCUACUUGAGAAGGAAAAUCAACGUCAUUCGGCGGAUAAUUUCAAUUCAAAAAAAAAUUCAUUGGAUCAAGUGAAAGAAAUCAAUGAAGAAAAUCAACAUUUUAUCGACAAGCCAACGAUUGAAAGGGAAAAAAACGAUAAAUUCUUUUCUCGAUUAAUUCAAGAAUUAAAAGGUUCGUCAAUCGAUAAUGAAGAAAAUGUUCAAUUGAAUCAACAAAAUAGUUUCGAAGAUUAUCAACAAAUCAGUACAAAUGACGUCAUUGCAAAUCAAAAUCAACAGCAAUCGACAAUCUCCAAUGAAGAAAACGAAACAAAUCUACUUUUCGAUCAAUUUCAUUCGUUUAUCGAUGAAAUUACCGAAGAAUCGUUUGUGAUUACUGGAAGUUUAGAUGAAGAUACACUUCUUAAUCGGAGAAGUAGACGUGCAAAAGGUUUUUCAGCUUUCAAAUAA